GAAGAUUUUAGUAGUUAAUACAUCAUCUAAUUUCCUUACUCAAUACUUUUUUUUUUCCAUUUAAUACUUGUAAGGAUUAUUCAGUUCAACUCAAUUCACUGAUAUACAUCUAAGCUAAUAAUUUAUACAAGAUGUCUGCUAAUAAAAGAAUUGCCUUGCCAGCUCGUGUGGAACCAAAAGUGUUCUUUGCUAAUGAACGUACUUUCCUUUCUUGGUUAAACUUUACCGUUAUUUUGGGUUCCCUUGGUGUUGGUUUGCUUAACUUUGGUGAUUCAGUUGGAAGAAUUUCUGCUGGUCUUUUUACAUUCAUUGCCAUGCUUACCAUGGUCUAUGCCUUGGUCACUUACCACUGGAGAGCAAAGGCCAUCAGAAUGAGAGGUUCUGGUCCAUAUGAUGACAGAUUUGGUCCAACCAUGUUAUGUUUCUUCUUGUUAAUUGCUGUUGUUGUUAACUUCAUCUUAAGAAUCAGAGCUUAAGUAUUCCAAAACAGAACUAGAUUAAUCCCUAGCAGAAUAUCUUUUCAGUUCUUCUAGCUUAUUAUCUCA